AUGGGUAUUGAAAAGAGCCAUUUGGUCAUUACGGGCACUGCCAUUGUAAUGGCAUAUCUCAUGUCUGUAGCUUUUGCCACCCCCGGCAUUGCCACUUUUUACACUAAUUAUGUCCCAUCGGCGUGUUUCGGGAACCAAAACAAUGGAGUGAUGGUAGCGGCAGCAGGGGAUGCAUUAUGGAAUAAUGGUAAGGUAUGUGGAAAAAUGUUCAGUGUGAGAUGUACAGGUCCAAGAAAUCCAGUGCCACAUCCAUGCACGAACAAAACUGUAACGGUGAAGAUGGUAGAUCAUUGUCCUGGAUGCCCUUCUACUAUUGAUCUAUCUAAAGAAGCUUUCACCGCUAUUGCUAAUCCUGUCGCUGGCAUUAUCAACAUUGAUUAUACUCAGUAA